GCAGGCAGUAGCAGUGUCGCACAUUCAAAUCCAAGUUCCUACUCCCCAAUCGAUCCCUUCCAUUCUUCUUCCAACCGGCCAACGCGUCAACCCUAGCGAUCAUCCAGCGGCGGCAACCUUACAAUGGCGUCGCUCUCUCGCGUGCCUCCUCCCGCCCGCGGAAGCCGCCGCCGGCCGCCCCCGUCCAGCCCCGUCCCCCUCUCCCCGCGGCAGGAGAUGCUCCUCGAGGCGGCAUCCGACGGCGACCUCGGCUUCCUCAAGCGGGUGGUGAGGUCGCUGGACGGAGGGAGGGGCCGCCCCGCGGAGGCGGUGGAGGCCGUGCGGGAGUGCGGCGCGGGCGCGCUGCACCUCGCCGCCGGCGCGGGGAAGCUGGCGGUGUGCAGGUACCUGGUCGAGGAGCUUCGGGUGGAUGCCAACGCCAUCUACGACCAAGGUGAAACACCUCUGGCUUAUGCAGUCAAUGGUGCAAAUGUAGCUACCGUGAGGUACCUUCUUGACCAUGGUGCCCAUCCAGAAAAAGCUGAUAAUAAAGGAUUCACCCCUCUCCAUUUUGCUGCUGAAGAAGGAUAUUGCAAUGUAGUGGAGCUCUUGCUUGCUAAAGGGGCUCAAGUUGAUUCGAUGUCUGUUCGUGGUACACCACUACAUCUGGCUGCUACUAAUGGACAACAUCGUGUAGUGAAGAUUUUAUUGGACCACAAUGCUGAUUGCAAUAAGAUUGUAUCUGCUGUCUACACUCCUCUCCUCGUCGCCAUUUAUGGUUCAUCACUGAAAUGUGUAAAGCUGCUGAUUAAGGCUGGUGCUGAUGUAAAUGGUGUUGGUAAUAUAACCCCCUUAAUAGCUUCUGUUGGCUCAACUGAGAUCAUGAAGUGCUUAUUGGAGGCCGGUGCUGAUCCUAAUGUCCCUGAUGAAUUCGGCAGGAUGCCAAUAGAAUUUGCUGUGCGAUGUGGUACAUUGAAAGAUGUCAAUAUCCUAUUUCCUUUGACAUCUCCUAUGCCGACUGUACCUGAUUGGAGUGUCAGAGGAAUAAUCCGUCAUGUGAACACACUGCCAGGGCAAAAGGACUAUGAGAGUGGCCUUGAAAAAGAAGUGGCUGGUUUGAAAUUACAAGGAGUUGAGGCACUGAAGAGGCAGGAUUAUCUUGCUGCAUCAGACCUAUACACUAAGGCGCUUUGCCUCGACUUCAAUGAUGCAACCCUGUAUUCAAACAGGAGCCUCUGCUUUCUUCACAUGGGUGAUGGAGACAAAGCUUAUGGGGAUGCCUAUACUUGUAGGAUGAUGCGGCCUGAUUGGCCAAAGGCCUGCUAUCGCCAAGGAGCAGCUCUAAUGCUGCUGAAGGAAUACCAAAAGGCGUGUGAUGCUCUCCUCGAUGGUUUCAAAAUGGACCCAGGGAACUCUGAGAUUGAGAACGCUCUAAGGGAGGCGAUGGAGUCCUUGAAGAUAUCUGAUGGUGCUAAGCUGACAACCUGAAUGAAGCGUCUAUACUCGAGAGCCACAGCCUGCAGGCUGUUGCGUCGGCGUGCGGGGACCGACGGCCACCGAGCUAGACCUCUCCGUCCCUGUGUGCUACGGCGAGCAAAUGUGUGCCGAACUCUCAGCAUGUCAUAUUCCUGCACCUGCAGUUGUUGCGUGUUCAUAACAGCUGGAUCGUGGAGGUCACAAGGCUGAUCAAUUUUUAUCACCUUCGUUUUGUAAUAUACGAGACAUUUGACUUUCUUUUAAGUUAACUAGGGUUUGGUCCGGCCGGAUGAAAUCUAUGCCGUUGAUUGCCGAUUCGACGAUCCCACGGCUGAGAAAGGGCUGCCACAGCUGGACGGUUAGAUCGGCUCUACCGCGAGAUCUCAGCCACAGCUGGACGGUUAGAUCGGCUCUACCGCGAGAUCGAACGGACGAUGUUGGUGGGGGAACCAAUAUGUAAUUAAUAAAAACAUAGGGUCUUUUUUGCAAAAUUUGCUGAUGUGGCGCUCCUAA